AAACAGCCUCAUUACUAGAACCACUCUCCAUCCCUUUCUUUCUUUCAUAUACCUGGGAUCUUCAUUUUCCAGUUUCCAGCAUCAUCAUGAGUUCAUACAUGGCGUCUUUGUCUUCUUCCUUCACAAACUUUCGAUCCGCUUCCUCAUGGUUCGAGGUCUACGCCGCCUUCUCCACUCUCAUGAUCAUUCUGAGAACAGCUGUCAACGACAUCGUGCCGGAGAAGCUCCGCUCCUCCAUUGCCAAAAAGCUCGAGUCAUUCUUCUUCCCCACGCACAAACCAAACAACCUCGUAUCCAUCAGAAUCAACCAAAGAUGGGAUGGCCAACACGGCGAACACAACGAACUCUACAACGCUGCUUCCAAGUACCUCCCAACCAGAAUAUCCGAAACCUACAAGGCCCUCAGAUUAGCCAAAUUGAACUCUCACAAAGGCCUCAUGCUCGCAAUCGACGCCAACCAAGAAGUAAUCGACGAAUUCGAAGGGAUCCGGUAUACUUGGACUCUCGAUUUAGGCUCCGACCAAAAUGCCGACUCCUCGAAAUCCGAUAAGGAUCCGGCGUUUGUUCUAAACUUCAACGAGAAGCACAGAGACACCGUGAUGAAGAGGUACAUUCCGCACUUGCUUGCAACCUGCGAGGCCAUGGAUGCAGCGGACAUGAGCAUUAAGAUAUUUUCAAUGGCGCACGGGUAUUGGAACGAGAGUGAGUUGUGUCACCCUGCCACGCUGGACACGCUCGCUUUGGAUCCUGAAUUGAAGCGAACCAUUGUGGAUGAUCUGGACCGGUUCUUGAAGAGGAAGGAGUUCUACAAGAAAGUGGGUAAGCCUUGGAAACGUGGCUACUUGUUGUACGGUCCUCCUGGAACGGGGAAAUCUAGCCUCAUUGCUGCCAUUGCGAAUUACUUGAAGUUCAAUGUGUAUGACUUGGAGCUGGACUCCAUUACCUCCAACGAGAGCCUGAUGCUACUGAUGAGGAGUACAACCAGUCGUUCCAUCAUCGUCAUUGAAGACAUUGACUGCAACAAGGAGGUCCAUGUUCGUCGCAGACAACAAGAAGACUUCGGGGACACUGAUAUAGAGUCAGUCCAGCAUGACGAUGCUGCCCCUGAAAUUAUAAAGGUUGACAAGUUUACCCUCUCGGCUUUGCUCAACUACAUGGAUGGCUUGUGGUCAGGCUACGGAGAGGAAAGGAUUAUAAUAUUCACCACGAACCACAAAGACAAGAUUGACCCGGCAUUGUUGAGGCCAGGCAGGAUGGACAUGCACAUUCACUUGUCCUUCCUCAGAGCCAAGGCGUUUAGAAUAUUGGCCUCUAAUUAUUUGGACAUUCCGGGGGACCAGCCUCAUCCCCUGUUUCAGGAAAUUGAGGACUUGUUGGACACAACAGAUGUCACUCCAGCGGUGGUGGCAGAGCAGUUGAUCAGAAGCGAAGAUCCUGAUGUUGCUUUGGAUGGACUCUUUAAGUUCCUUCAAGAGAUACACAAUUCAGGCAAAAGUAGAGAUUCCGCUGAGACUUUAGAGAUUUGAGAUGCACUCACCUUGUAUCAAUCAAUAUACCAUUUGCUUUCAAGGCAGCCUUUAUUUAUUUAUUUAGUUUACGAUUGGUUUCUUCUGAUUGUGGUAAGUGCUAAAGCGUUUCAGGCUAAGGCUAACGCGUUAUAUGGUAUCUGUCAUAGUCAUAAAGGGAGAUCACUAGUAGGAGGUAAAAAAUAUUGGAACUUAAUGAAAGCAAAUCUCGAUUAAUUAUAUAUAUUUUUUUUGUUA